AUGAGAACCAGCGAUUUUAUCAAAUCUGUAACGAAUAAUUUUAGCACGAAAAACCAACCGGUACCAACACCUGCUCCAACAGAAAAAGAUGCCCAGAUUCCCGAAUCAGUUGUCACUGAAGAAAUCUUUGUACCUAUUGGGAAAUCAUCAAGAGAUCCCCUACCUUCAAAAGGUGUAAUGACUGCAAAUAGAAAUAAAAUAACAGCACAAACUGGAACUGGAACACCGCAUACGAGAGUACCAACAGGUAUACGAUUUACGGAGGAGCGGCAUCGAUCACGUACUAUCAGUAUUUUCAAUGAAGAAAAACCAGAGAAAUGAAUGUGCAUUGUAAUUCCAUAUCAUGUAUUAUAUGAAGUAUCUUAUUUCGAAGAAAUUUAGAAUGAACAUAUGAAUAAGUAAAUA